AUAACCUUAAAAGCAAAUAGGCCUAUAUGCAACCGCGUCGGUGGAGACAUUUACGAUAAAUCAUGCUGUGUUGAAAUUAAGCAUGUUUUUAUUGUACAAUUUGGUCGCGAACAUAUAUGAAUAAGCCUUUAGAUAAGCCAAUCAGUGCUGUGGUUUGUUAUCUUAAUCUUACUUCAUGCUUGUUCGGAUGUAUGUUAUUUAAAUGUGCAAUGCAGAACAUAUAUGGAAGUUGAUGAAUCAGCGUUCUAAUUGAAGUCAACGUCUAUUGAAGUGUGUUUAAAUUGACUUGUUCCUAAUCGACGAAUCAUCCCACCCGAAGCUACAUUGUGUUGCUUAAAUUUGGACAUAAAUGUAUUGAAUUUGGACAUACAUGUACACAGGGCUUGAACGCUAUCGUCUGCGUUGGAGUGAAUUAACAUAAUACGGUUGCACAAAGACACGUGGUGGAUGAUGAAGUUGCGAGCACGUGUCAUCGGCGCUGUGGUGCUAGGAGUUACCGUGUUGGUCACGUGGAUCCUGUACGAGGAACUGUCGAGCGGACGAACGGACAUCAGGCAUCAUCAUAGUAUUGAGGGAUCAAUGGAUUACAAUGUCCUUUACGGUCACCAAAAGCUACAGCACCAACUGCAACAAGUAGAUCUCAAAAGCAUACGCGACAUUAGGAACACCAUGGACAUCAAUUCUAACAGCCAAGAAAAGGAUUAUGUAACGAAGAACAGCACAGUCUUGUUUGAUAUAGCCGUGGAACGGUUACUCGACAGGCUCGAGCUCCUGACGUCGUUUGGUUUGUCGCGUGACCUCCUACGUCAGACCAGUAUGGUGAUUCUAACCAGACAGCUCGGGGGAAUCGCUCGGAAGCGUUCAAGACGACUACCAUGGCCACAGAAUUACGGGAGCGAUACCAGCUGGACAAACUACCGGAAGUUUCAUCAUAAUGCGCGCGCCGCUGCACUCUAUGACCCGGAUGACCCCGCCAUUGAUGGCCUGCUCAAUGACAUGGCGACCAAACCAUUCAAGUAUCUUGAAAUGAUGGAAAAGGGGACCGAGUUAAAACUACUGAUCCAGUACUUUGACGGAACCAAGGCUGUCUUCAAACCGAUGAGGUGGCCCCGUGACCACGAGACGCUUCCCAACCAUUUCUACUUCAACGAUUACGAACGCCACAAUGCGGAGAUCGCGGCUUUUCAUCUAGAUCGGAUUUUCGGCUUUUACCGGGUCCCGCCGGUGACUGGUCGCUUCGUGAAUAUGACCAGCGAGAUUUUCAUGUUGGCGGGAAAAGCUCUUAAAAAGACGUUCUACGUUUCCCCAAUCGGCAACCUCUGUUUCUUUGGCGAGUGUUCCUAUUACUGCGACAGCCGGCACUCGUUCUGCGGGGUCGGUGACGUAAUCGAGGGAUCGCUGAUGACGUGGCUUCCGGAACCCCCUGUCGGAGAUAGGGACAGGUGGAGGAGUCCAUAUAGGAGGUCAUACAGCAAGUUCCGGAAGGCCGAAUGGGAAGUGGAUGAUACUUACUGCGAGGGUCUGCUACUCGACGAUCAGUUGCUCUACGAGCGCUUUAUGCCGGAUCUGAUAGACGCUCAUAUAUUUGAUUUUAUAACAGGAAACAUGGACCGACAUCACAUUGAGGUCUUCCUUCACCUCAGGAACGACAGCUGCCCUAUACACAUGGACAACGGCCGAGGAUUCGGUAAAACCAAAGUGGACGAGUUCUCGAUUCUGGCGCCGUUAAUUCAGUGCUGUCGUAUUCGAAAAUCCACAUUCCUGAAGCUGACAAAGCUUUACGUCGGACCGGAGCCGUUGAGCGAACUGCUUGACGAAUCCCUUCGGAACGACCCCUUGUAUCCGAUUCUCACAUCCGGGUUCUACGAUGCCGUGGAUAGGCGUGUAUUGCAUGUGCUUAGAACGGUGGCACGGUGUCUAACAAAUCAUUCUAUAAAAGACGUAUUUAUUGAUGAUCCUUUUUAGUAAUAAUUGUUUUAUUGCAGUGUAUUUCACUUGUGUAUGACUAUUUGUAUAUUCUAAUUAGACAAUAACAUACGCCAGAGCUGGUCCGGAUAUCUGUAAUCGGCCCGCUGCCGUCAUAACGAAGACAAAGACACUGACAUUUUUAAAGUUUUUACGUAUGUUAACGUUUCUUUUUACCGCAACGUCACAUAUGCAAAAAGG